CAGGCCUCCCAAGGUGCUUUAUCAGCUGGCUUGUAUUCAUGGUCACGUAACUUGCUCCCACUAGUCGGUAAUAACAAGUGCUACUACAGGCCUCAGGCAAUGGAUCUCAUCCUGCAAUUUGUUGAGAUGAUUUCGUCGAAUCCAGAGGCUCGGACCAUACUUGUAAAUGAAGCUGUUUGGGAGGGAGAGCGGCUGAUUCCACCUUCGUCAUUUGAGAUCUUGGUGCAACAUACAUUUCCUGCUUCAUCCGCUAGAGUAGAGACAACAAACAGGUUUGAGGCAAUCUAUCCCUUGUUGAAGGAAGUAGCCCUUGCACCAGAUAGUGCGACAGGAAGCAACACAAUGAAACAGAUAUUAACCUUUUCAUUGAGAUUAGCUGGGAAAGGUGCUGGAAAUCCUGUUCUAGCCAAGGAAGCUAUAGCAAUCGCUACCUGUUGUGUGACCAAAAACGUUGAUUGCUUUAAGUACUGGGAUAAUCUCUAUAAUGAGAACAUAGAAGCUAGUGUUGCUCUUCUUAAAAAACUUGUAGACGACUGGAAGGAUCAUUCCCUCAAACUAUCAUCUUCACCAAGUGAUACUCUCGCUGUCAAGCAUACUAUAUGUAGCUUCAGGAUAAAGAACGAAAAAGCCAUCAUCACUGAAGGAGUAGCCAAUAGUUUUAUUUACAAAGAAGCUGACAAGUCCUGCGAACUGAUCUCGAGGAGACUCUCCCGUGGAAAUGGCGGCCUCCAAAUAGCACCCAUUACCGCUAUGGUUAUAGCAGCUGUGGCAGCCGCUGCAGGAGCCGCACUUGUUCUAUCUUCCCAGUAGCACGUGCUCUAUUUGCAACCAUCUUAGCAAAAUUGUAAAAAUUGUAUAGAACUCAAGACUCAUUAUUCAAAUGGCUAUUUUAG